UUUUGCUUCCUCACUCCGUCCUUACCAACAACUGGAGAAAAUGACCCAAAGCAAACGCGAGCCACAGAAAUCACUCGCAUCUCUCCAACACGAGUAAACCUGCUCUAUCUGCGUGAAAACUUUGAACUGAAAGAAUCCGCAAUGAAAUCCAAUCUAAUCCAAUAAUUCUUUUCCGCCUCGCUCGCUCGCUGUUUUUGCAGCUGGUCCAUGAUCGCUUGCAGCAAUGUCGCUUUCUCCUACUCUGCAGGCUCCUUCUCAACAUCUCAUCUUCGUCUCUCGCUCCUCACUACUCUCGCCGCAACCGCCUUCGCUCCUUAUCCAGCAACAGAUUCCCCCGGUACUGUUGGUUUCUUUAGGUAUCAAGGUCUCCUCCAGAGUAAGAUGUUUGACCAAGUCAACCCAGCCGGGGACUCUGUUUCCCGACGGCGGCGACGAUCCGGUGGUUGCAGCAGAGGAGGAGCCGAAACAGGAGAGACUUCCACCGCCGGCGCCGUCGUAUGGCGACGCUCUCUCGCUCGGUAUUCGCGAGCCGGUGUAUGAGGUUGUGGAAGUGAAGGCCGGCGGGAUGGUGUCUACCAGGAAGAUUAGCAGGCGUCACUUGCUGAAAUCCAGUGGUCUUCGUCCCCGGGACAUUCGUAGUGUUGAUCCAUCCCUGUUCCUGACCAACUCGAUGCCAUCUUUGCUGGUGCGGGAGCAUGCUAUAUUGCUGAACUUGGGCUCUCUGCGAGCGAUCGCAAUGCAAGAAUGCGUCCUCAUAUUUGACUAUAAUACGCGAGGUGGGAAGGCAUUUUUAGAUACAUUGUUGCCGCGAUUAAAUCCUAGAGGCAUGAAUGGAGGGCCAUGCAUGCCAUUUGAGCUAGAGGUGGUUGAAGCAGCAUUGCUAUCACGAGUACAGCGGUUGGAGCAGAGGCUUAUGCAAGUUGAACCCCGUGUUCAAGCUCUACUUGAAGUACUUCCAAACCGCUUAACAGCUAAUAUAUUGGAGGAGCUACGGAUCAGCAAGCAAAAUUUGGUCGAGUUAGGUUCUCGAGCAGGAGCUCUUAGACAAAUGUUGCUUGAUCUGUUGGAGGACACUCAUGAAAUUCGGCGUAUGUGUAUCAUGGGAAGAAAUUGCACUCUUAAGAAGGGGAAUGAUGAUAUGGAAUGCCCUGUCCCUUUAGAGAAGCAGAUUGCCGAGGAGGAGGAGGAAGAAAUUGAGAUGCUACUGGAGAAUUAUCUUCAAAGAUGUGAAUCUUGUCAUGGACAGGCAGAACGACUUCUCGACUCGGCAAAAGAAAUGGAAGAUUCAAUUGCUGUUCACUUGAGCUCACGGAGGCUUGAAGUGAGCAGAGUGGAGUUACUACUCCAGGUUGGAACGUUUUGUGUGGGAGUUGGCGCUCUUGUUGCAGGCAUUUUUGGAAUGAACUUAAAGUCUUACCUGGAAGAGAAUGUGGCUGCGUUUUGGCUAACAACAGGUGGAAUAGUAUUCGGCGCUGUCGUGGCUUUCUUCCUCAUGUACACCUAUCUCCGGACUAAGAAAAUUCUGUAAACACUGACACAGCAUUUUGGUAAAUAUCGUUGCUUUAUCAUCCUAUAGACUUGUAGGCAGAACCUGGUGUUGCUUCUGCUGCUCGUACGUAGACUCCUAUUGCUGCUGCUGCUGCUGCAGCAUCUUCAACUGUUAUAGAAGAUCAGCACCAGAGAUCCUUGAAAGGAAAGAGAAGAUAAAAUAGUUGCUCGAAUUUGACGGCAACAAGUUUUAAGAGGACCUCCAGUGGCUUCAGCCUUCUGCAGGAGUCGGGCUAUGAUAUAGUGUCAUAAGUUGUGUGAAGCUAUUCGCUCCAACACUACAUUCUCAGCCAGGACCUUAGAAAUGUUGCGGCAAUCUCCAUCAUGCAGUCAUGUUUACCUAGUUACUAGUGUAUUGUCGAUUAAGGCUAUCAACAUAAUAACCAUCCCUUAGCAUGGAUGAAAGAACUUGGUGAAACAAUAAAUCAAAUUGAGUGUACAAGUUGAAACGUUCAACAGACGUAUCCCAUGCUAACAUCUAUUGAGAAUAAUGAUACAAACCCAACUGCAAGCGCAAUAAGUCCAAAAUGGAGCUGCAAAAAUGGAGCUGUGGGGAAACGGGGAAAUAAUCUCUAAUUCUUGGCACUAUUAAAUUUUCUGGACGGUUUCGUUCUGGGGUUGUGGAGAGGCUUUUGAAGUCCCAUUGAUUGCUAUCUUCUCUACCCCAUCAGCCAUGGCUUCCCUCUCGCCCUUAUCUUCCUCAAUUUCCAACUUACUUCCACUGGCUCCCGGUGACUGAAGAGGCGGAGGAGAAGGCUUGACGAAACGAGGGCCUGAAGUAAUCCAUGGAUGACUAAGGCACUGAGCUGCAGUAGACCUCUUUUCUGGUGCAUACUGAAGCAAGGGCACUAAGAAGUCGGACAAUUCUUGUGCAUCCUGCUCCCCGAAACCAUACUUCUCUACAAGCACUUUGUCGAGAGGCCAGAACCGCAACUUUCUGAUGUGCCUCAGAUCUCCAUAUCUGUUGAAGAAAUCCUUCGAGUAUUUGCCACCCAAAGCUAUCUUUCGUGGAAUAACACCAAUAAGCUCCAUCAUCAAUGCCAGAUGAUCCUCAUCCCGGUCAUAGUUGUCGCCACUAUGAGGAUCAAAAAGGACAUCUCCGGUAGCCAGCUCGAAGCAAAUACAAGCGAACGACCAUAGAUCUGCCGGAGUAGAGUACUUAGCUCCAAGGAUGACCUCAGGGCAUCUAUACUGUCUUGUCUGGAUGUCACUCGUGAAUUGCUUGUGCGUCCAACAUGCAUUCCCAAAAUCAACCAACUUGCACUUUGGAUCAGCAGUUGCCAACAGCUUCUUCCUGACAGAAGGGCUUCUCCUAUUAUGAUCCUGUUUCUUUGUAUCAGAAUCAUCCUUAUCCUUUUCAUCGGAGCUCCCAACUUGCUUCUCGUUUUCUUCUUCCACGUCUUCCUCUCCACCUGCACAAUCCUUAGUGGUCACCUUCUUAGCCUUUUUCCGUAUCUUCUUCUUCUGGUUCUUCGUUAAACCCGAAUUCAAACUCUUACUACCAUCUUUCGAAGACACAGAUUCAUCCACAAUUUUACUCUUGCUCCUCGGGAGGACCAGAGGGGCAUCCGACUUCCUAGGAUCUUUACACGGGUCAAUCGUCGAACAGAGCAGGACAUUCUCCGGCUUCAAAUCAGUGUGAAUGAUGGACAGCUUCCGAUGCAAGUAAUCCAAUCCCACCAAAAUGUGAUAGCACAAUUCUUUCACCAUAAUCAGAGGAACGCCACGGUAAUCACUGAACUUAAUGAGGGUCAACAAAUUAUCCCCCAAAUACUCGAAGACCAUACACACAUGCUGUCCAUUCGGCCCCGAAUGCUUGAAGUGAUCCAAAAGCUUGACGACAUAAUACUUAUCUUCGGGAUCCCCCUCCGCGAUCUGCUUCAGGAGCUUUACCUCGUCCAUGGCCGCCUCGGUGUAGUGCUGAGCGCUCUUUUGAACUUUCAAAGCUACAUAACGCUACAAACACAUGAAUAUCUAAGCACGGUUAAAGAGCUUGGAACACGGCACUGGGCUGAUUUGCAGCUACCACCCUAAUCAGGCAUAAUUUUGAACAGGAUUGCCAAGAAAGAGUAAUUCACACAGCACAAUCAAAAAACAAAAGGUCCUGAAUCUAUAACUGAAAGACAAAAGAACCAGAAGGCAGUUCAUAUGAAGGAAGACGAAACGUACAGAUCCCUGAGUGUCCCAAGCGAGCCAAACGGUGGAGAAAUGGCCCCAGCCGAGCUUGCUCUGCACCACGUACCGGCCGUUCUUGAAUGUGUCGCCGAUAAGCACAGCGUGGUAGCCACCUCUCCUGUAAUCCUCCGUCCCCUCAUCCUCCGACGACGAGUAGUCGCUCAUCUCCCUGCGCUCCCCAUUAUUCCUGCCCUCCGCCAUUGCCGCAGGUGCUGGAAGCUCUUCGUAAAGUUGGGGAAACCGGCCGCGGAAUUGGUUGGGAUCUGAAUCGGGAACGGGAAGUGGAAGAAGGCGGCGGUUGCUGGCUAAUCGAAUUGGCGGUAGUGGUGGUUGGCGGUGGGGGUGGAAGGAAGAGUGAAUAAUUGAAAUUAUUAGGGUUUUGAUUGAAUGACAG